AGGGCUGUCACAGCUCUUGGUUCGAAGCCGCUAGUAGUAGUGUACUGUGUGGGGGCAAGCGUCAAAACAUGAGCCGAAGUGGACGAGGCCUCAGGGCCACUUUCCUCGUGGCAGUAGCUCUUCAUGUAUUUGCACCUGCAUUUGCAACGCUUUUUGGACAGCUGUCCAGAUGUAGAUACUCGAAGGUGGCCAUGUCUGUGAGGACGCCUGGCAAUCAACCCCAAGAUGAGCUAGACUAUCCCGAGUUCAAGCCGACUGGCAACUACAUGCUGGAGACACCAUUCUUCAACAUGGAAAAGUUUAGAAAGGAGGAGAGUUUAGGAUUGGCAGCCGUUUUCGGCGCUUUUAUCGUCCUGGCCAUCAUUGCUGGACAGAUUGCUUCGUCCUCAAGGCAGGACAUUGAUUUGAGUGGUGCUCAGCCAAAGGAAGAGGCGAGAGUGGCAAAGACAGAAUCUACCAAUCAAGGCGUCAACAGCCUUGGCAAGCCCAUACGAGUAAUUACAAAUUGAUCUGCUUUGAGAGCGGUCUAGCAGAUCAAAGCUGUACAUCCCUAGCUUUGCCAUUUGCACAAAGAUGCAGAAUAUGUAAGCAGCAAAUUCCAAGUCUUUGCUGCCCAGCUACAUCUCUGUGAAGAUACAUAGCUGCAUCACAUGGACAGAAAUGCGCAUGAGUGCGAAACAGCGUUUGAGCAACG